CUGGCUCUCUGCGCACGCGCACAAGCCGUCUCGCCCCUGCCCGGGAGACAACGGUCAUCGCCAUGGACGCCGUUCAGCUAGCCCUAUUUAGUGUCUCAGACAAGACUGGCCUUGUAGAAUUUGCAAAAAGUCUGAGUUCAUCAGGUUUGUCUCUAGUUGCCUCUGGAGGAACAGCCAAAGCUCUGAGGGAUGCUGGCCACACUGUCAGAGACGUUUCUGAGCUGACAGGAUUCCCAGAAAUGUUAGGGGGUCGUGUGAAAACACUGCAUCCUGCAGUUCAUGCAGGGAUCCUGGCUCGUAAUAUUCCAGAUGAUAAGGCAGAUAUGGCCAGACUUGAUUUCAGCCUUAUAAGCAUUGUGGUAUGUAAUCUCUAUCCUUUUGUGAAGACUGUAACUUCUCCUAAUGUAACCGUAGCUGAAGCAGUCGAACAAAUUGAUAUUGGUGGAGUCACCUUAUUAAGAGCUGCAGCUAAGAAUCAUGCUCGCGUGACAGUGGUGUGUGACCCAAACGACUAUGCGAUGGUAGCUUCAGAGAUGGAACAGUCUGAUACUAAAGAUACCUCCUUGGAGACCCGGCGUCAGCUAGCACUGAAGGCUUUCACUCACACUUUCAAAUAUGAUGAAGCUAUAUCAGAUUACUUCAGAAAGGAGUACAGUAAAGGAAUAUCUCAGAUCCCUCUGAGGUAUGGAAUGAACCCUCAUCAAACCCCUGCUCAGUUAUACACAGUCCUGCCAAAACUUCCUCUUUCAGUUCUCAAUGGAUCCCCUGGGUUUAUAAACUUGUGUGAUGCCCUGAAUGCCUGGCAGCUGGUGAAAGAACUCAGAGAGGCUUUAGGCAUUCCGGCAGCUGCCUCUUUCAAGCAUGUCAGCCCAGCAGGUGCUGCUAUUGGUGUGCCACUUUCAGAAGAAGAAGCCCAAGUCUGUAUGGUGCAUGAUCUCUAUAAGAACCUUACACCUUUGUCCACUGCAUAUGCAAGAGCAAGAGGGGCAGAUAGAAUGUCAUCUUUUGGUGAUUUCAUUGCUCUGUCUGAUGUUUGUGAUGUUUCUACUGCUAAAAUAAUCUCCAGAGAGGUAUCCGAUGGCAUUAUUGCACCAGGGUAUGAAGAGGAAGCUUUGAAAAUACUAUCCAAAAAGAAAAAUGGGAACUACUGUGUCCUUCAGAUGGACCAAAAUUAUAAACCAGAUGAGAAUGAAAUUCGAACACUCUUUGGAUUACACCUAAGUCAGAAGAGGAAUAAUGGAGUCAUUGACAAGUCAUUAUUCAGCAAUAUCGUUACUAAAAAUAAAACCUUGCCUGAGUCUGCUAUCCGAGACCUCAUCGUGGCCAGCAUCGCUGUUAAGUACACCCAAUCCAAUUCAGUGUGCUAUGCCAAGAACGGUCAGGUUGUUGGCAUUGGAGCAGGGCAGCAGUCCCGAAUACACUGUACACGCCUUGCUGGUGACAAGGCAAACUGUUGGUGGCUUCGACAUCACCCUCGAGUGCUUUCAAUGAAAUUUAAAGCGGGAGUGAAGAGAGCCGAGAUCUCCAAUGCCAUUGAUCAAUAUGUCACUGGAACCAUCGGUGAGGAUGAUGAUUUAGCCAAGUGGAAGGCAAUGUUUGAGGAAGUCCCUGAGCUAUUAACCGAAGCCGAAAAGAAGGAGUGGAUUGGUACAUUGAAUGAAGUGUCGGUCAGCUCUGAUGCCUUCUUCCCAUUUAGAGAUAAUGUCGACAGAGCUAAAAAGAGUGGUGUAAAGUUUAUUGCUGCACCAUCGGGAUCAACUGCUGACCAGAUUGUGAUCGAAGCCUGUGAUGAACUUGGAAUAACCCUCAUUCAUACCAAUCUUCGUCUGUUCCAUCAUUAAUCAUUUACAGAAAUGCCGUUUCUUCGCCUCCUUUCAGCAUUUAGUGAUGCAUUCAGCAUUCAAUCCUUAGUUUUUGAUCAUUUUUGUAGUGCACUGCAAAACACUGAUGCUAUGUGUGUAUGUUUGUAAGGAAUAAAGGUAAUGUUAAUGGUU